GGUCCCUGGGAAGACAGGAAAACAACAACAACACACCACAUCAAUCAACCAGAAGAAGAGAAUCACGGGCAAAUAGAGUCGGCGGCGGGUUCUUACUCACCCUCAUCAUGGAUUCAGAGUUGCUUCGCGAGCGCGAGGCCUUCAAGAAACGGGCCAUGGCCAUGCCCGUGGUGGAGAACAAACGGGCCGCCCUCUCGUCGGAUGGGGCGGGGGACUCGCACAAGAAGAAGACCUCCGCCCUGGGCGCGCUCAGUCAGAGCGCCAAGGCCAAGCUCGAGAUGAACAAGAUGAAGUCCAUGAUGGCCUCGUCCGGAGGCGGCGGGGGCAGCAGCAAAUAUCGAUUCGGGGUCCUGGCCAAGAUCGUCCGCCAUAUGAAGAACCGACACAUGGAGGGCAUGGAUCACCCGCUCAAUCUGGAAGAGAUCCUCGACGAAACCAACCAACUGGACGCCAGCACCAAAGUCCGACAAUGGCUGGCCAACGAGUCGCUCAAAGAUAACCCCAAGCUCAGGGCCUUUCCCGAUGGGACGUACCUCUUCAAACCGCCCUACGAUAUCACCAACAAGAAGGGCCUGGUCAAGCUGCUCAGGCAGCACGAUCUCCGCGGUUUGGGCGGUAUCUUUCUCGAGGACAUUCAAGAAUCUUUGGCCAAAAGCGAAAAGUUCAUCCGACAACUCACCGAAGAGAACAAGAUCAUCAUCAUCAAUCGGUCCAUCGACAAGAAGAAGGUCAUCUUUCACCACGAUCACAACUCGGACUUUCACGUGGACGACGAGUUCCAAAAGCUGUGGCGCUCGGUGGCCGUGGACAGCUUAGAUGAUGCCAAGAUCGACGAGUAUUUAGAGAAGCAGGGCAUUCGCUCCAUGCAGGACCUGGGCGCGAAACGCGUCGCCACCAAGCAUUUGCGCAAGAAGGCCGCCCGAAGGAAGAAUCGCGGCCCCAAGGACAAUGAUCACUUGAAGCACGUGCUCGAGGACUAUAACGAAAUGAGCGUCACCAAACGAGACAAAUGAGGAACUAGAAUGUGAGAAUAUUCUCAUCUCAAUGGCUGGAUAUGGGGUGUUUGUUGACCGUAUGUACGUACAUUCCGAACUCUUUCCCGUUUGGUUGUGCCACUCAAUGCAGGCUCUCCUAUGGUUACCUUACGGGAUAAGAAAUCGCAGUUGUCAGUUGUCCGACACUUGCUGCGGUGCCUUUCACAUUCUGAACAUUGAAUUCGAACCAAUCGAAGUCGCGCUACCAAAUCAAGCUUAAGUUGAAUUUAACUGUUAUUGUCAAUUGCAAGACUUAGCAAUCCUCAUUUCAUAGUCAUAGUGUACCCAAUUAAAGCUUAAACAUGA